UCGAUAUUUGCUGUCAAAAUAUGCGUUCCACUGUUUCCUGCUGUCGCUGGUUGUCGGCGGACGUUCUUUCGAAGUGAUUUUGCCAAUAUGCCUCCUAAGAAGGACACCAAAGGAACGGCGAAGCAGCCGCAAAAGACCCAGAAGAAGAAGGAAGGUUCUUCUGGAGGCAAAGCCAAGAAGAAGAAGUGGUCUAAAGGAAAGGUUCGCGACAAGCUAAACAAUCAGGUGCUGUUCGAUAAGGCAACCUACGAAAAGCUGUACAAGGAAGUGCCCGCCUACAAACUGAUCACGCCAUCGGUUGUUUCCGAGCGUUUGAAGAUCCGUGGAUCUUUGGCUAAGCGCGGCCUGCGGGAACUGUGUCAAAAGGGACUGAUCAAGCAGGUUGUUCACCACCACGCCCAGGUUAUUUAUACUCGUACGACCAAGGGAGACGACCCAGUGGCGUAAGCUUGUUUGCUUUCGAGUAUUGUGUUUAAUAUAAUGUAAUGGAUCGAGAGGUGCGUCGUGGACGUGUGUUUGCUUCCUUCAUUGGCUGAAGAAUUUUGUUAUAAUUCGAUCGAACGGAUACUGAAGUGUCGAGGAAUAUCGGUGAAGGAAGAACCUGGCGUGAGAAAAUAUACUUAUUAAUAAGUAACAAA